AUGGACGUGGCCUCCGUCGUUGUCGGUGGUGGUGGUGGUGGUGAUAAUUUUUCAUUCGCUGCUCCCAACGCCGGUCAGGAAAGUGCUUCCCACGUUAAUCAUACACGCGUGCACGAAAUAGCGGCUGCAGCACAGUUACCCUGCCUCCUGAACCCUUGUCAAAACGGGGGUAAAUGUGAGGUUUCUAAAGAUGCUCCAGGUGGCUACCAGUGCAUCUGUCUCGAACCCUAUGGUGGUCGCAACUGCACCAUCGAGAAUCCCACCUGCAUUGAUCAGCCCUGUCUGAACUUCGGUGGCUGUGAAGAUUUGCCAAAUCAGCAGUUCAAAUGCACUUGUCCUCCUGGCUUCGUUGGUCUAAGGUGCGAAUUUGAGGAUCCCUGCUUAAUAAAACCAUGCAAAAAUGGAGCUAGGUGCUUUUCGAACAAUCUUGGCAAACGUGAGUGCCACUGUCCAGCCGGUUUUACGGGUGAGGAUUGCAGUGUGGACGUGAACGAAUGCGAGAUCGAAGAACGAUCACCUUGCGAAAACAACGGCUUCUGUAUCAACGAGCCCGGAGGCUAUAGAUGUGAGUGUUUAAACGGCUACACAGGAGUCCGAUGUGAAAUCCUCGUGCUUAACUGCAAGCCCAACCCCUGUCUGAAUGGCGGUGUCUGUGAGGACAAAGGAGACCACUUUGAGUGCCUCUGCCCACGUGGUUUCGAGGGGAGACUCUGUGAGACGGACACCAACGACUGCGAGGGAUCGCCGUGCCAGAACGGAGGUGUAUGCGAGGACCUCGUGGGCGACUUUCGUUGUAAUUGCCCCCCUGACUGGAAGGGUGCCUUCUGCGAACAGCCCAUGCUGCCGUGCGACUCCUCGCCCUGCUUAAAUAAUGGUGUCUGCGAGAAUACGCCCUCUGGCUACGUCUGCCAUUGUCCUCAAGGCUUUAAAGGUUCUCGUUGUGAGGUGGACAUCGAUGACUGCGUUGGCGUCUCCUGUCGCAAUGGAGGCUACUGCGUGGACAGUCCAAACUCGUGGUUCUGUCACUGUCCUGUCGGGUACUCUGGCCGAUAUUGCGAGUUGGAUCAACCCGUCCCCAAGAGUGGUUCAUCGGGUAGCAUCGCAUUGAUCGACACAGCCGUCGCCACAAUCUGUCGCAGUGGUAAGAUCUGCCUCCACAAUGGCGUCUGCGUACGUCCUACAGCCACCUUUAGUGCUGUUGAGGCCUUCUGCGACUGUCCCUCGGAGUGGUAUGGCGAUUUCUGCGAGAUUCCUGUCUGCUCUGAGGAUGCCUGUGCUAAUGGGGCACGAUGCCGGGCCUUGCUAAUUCUACCCGGCAACCAGAUGACUCCCUCGAAGAAGGAACCCUAUUGUGAAUGUCCACCAGGAUUUUUUGGAGAACUUUGUUUAGAAAAGGCCAAUGUCACAUUGAUAGCGCCUAGAGCCGUCACUAUCCCUGAGACUUUUCCGCUGAGAACUGGGACUAUUGCAAUCAUCCUCCCUACCCUACGCCAGAGCUAG